AUGAAAGGCUUGGCUGGCUCUGGAGGGUCGACCGUGCUGCCAAAGAUGACCUCUAAACGACUGCGCUACACCUGCCUGAUGGGAAUAUAUAGACUAGAAUUUCGGAAAUUCCUUUCCGAUGUACGAUCAUCCUGGAAACAGAAUGAGAGACUGGAUACCAUUAAGAUGCGCUACAUUUUAUUCAUUGCUCUUUGCACUUUUAUUGGUUAUGCUAACACAAAAUGUACGUGGAAAAGCAAAAAAUUCUACGAAGGUUUCGUCAGUAAAGCUCCUUCCUCUGUAGUGGAAAAUAUGGAAAGUUAUCUGGGCCUGAAACUGAAAGAAGAUGACAUCUUGGUGAAGUUUGAGUUUAGCGGGAAAGACAAGAGUAAAGAAGUAUAUGUAAUGACGGGUCAAGUGGACCAAGAUAUAGUGGAUAUUGUGGCGUUCACCGUGAAUAAAUCCAAAUUCGACAAAGGCAGAAGACUUUCAAUUCUACAAUUCUUAAGCAAGAUGAUGACAUGCUCGGUGGAAGGUUCUGUUCCAAGUCUGAAAAAACUUGGUCGAUAUCUUGACCAGUAG